AUGAACGUCUCUCAGCCUAUAUCGUCUGCGAUCGACAGCGUCGAUUUCGACUUCCUCACUCCCGCAGAAAUCAAAGCUAUCUCGGUUAAGAGAAUUGAAAAUCCAACCACCUUCGACAGUCUUUUAAAUCCUAUACCCGGUGGUCUUUAUGAUCCUGCGCUUGGGGCAUGGGGCGAUCAAGUCUGCACAACAUGUAAUCUCUCGCAACCGCAUUGUCCCGGCCAUGUUGGCCACAUCGAUCUUCCGGUCCCUUUAUACCAUCCCGUCUUUAUGGACCAGAUUUUGAGAUUACUUCGAGCCCAAUGCCAAUACUGUUUUCGCUUUCGAAUGCGACGAGUCGAUAUUGACCUUGUCGCAUGCAAAUUGCGUCUUCUCCAGUUCGGUCUCAUAGAUGAGGCCAACUACUUAGACGAUAUCAAUGCCGAUACUACCGACAUAGAAGUGGAGGAUGAAGAUCUUUCUGAUGGCGAAGAAGCUUCUAGUUUCGACAAGGUGGCUCGUAUGAGGGAGGCGUACACCCGAUCGGUAUUAAAGGAACACAGGCUUGGAACUGCCGAUAUCAGGAAAGGCAAGCAUGAAGGUGCUUCGGAAGCUAGGAGAGAAGUGCUCAAGAACUUCUUGAGAGAAAUCACUAAAGGCAGAGCAUGCGCCACUUGCCAGGCCAUAUCUCCAAGCUUCAGAAAAGACCGUUUUGUUAAGAUUUUCGAGAAACCGCUCAGCGCAAAGGACCAGGCCAAGAUGGCUCAGCGCAACAUGGAACACAGAGAUGCCUUAACCAUAAGACGGAAAUCGAAGGCGGAUGUAACUAAGAAGCGCAGCUACGAGUCUGACGAAGGAAUAGCUGAUAUCGAUCUACCUUCAAGUGAAGGAGAGGCUGAGGCUGAAAGCGGCGACGAUGAGGAAGGAGAAGGUGAAGAGCUUGACGAGAAUGGUGAUGUGAUCAUGUCUGAAGGGCCCAGCAUCUUUUCGAAGAAGAAGAAAGGCCCAGCAGCCAUAUCUCAGCAACGCUAUGUCAACUCGAUGGAAGUUCAAGCUCGACUACAACUCCUAUUCGAAAAAGAGCAGGAGAUUAUGCGUCUGGUUUAUAAUUCGAGACCCUCCGAGAAGAAACUUCCCGCCGAUAAUUUCUUCAUACAAACCGUUCUAGUUCCGCCGAACAAGUACCGCCCCGAAGCCAAGGCAGGCGAUGGAGCAAUCGCGGAGGCUCAACAAAAUUCGCUCUAUAAGAUGAUUCUUUCAUCAUGUGCACGAAUUGCCCAAAUUCACAAAGAAAUCUCACAACAUGGAAACGACCCCGAAUCAGAUACCCGACGGCGAGACAUGUCUGAAAUGCACGAAGCCUGUGUUCAACUUCAGGACAGCGUAAAUUCUCUAAUUGACCGAGAUAGGAACCCCAUUCGCGGCGCCGCCGGAAAGAGGAACGAAGAUGGUAUCAAGCAAAAACUAGAAAAGAAAGAAGGUCUGUUCAGGAAAAACAUGAUGGGCAAGCGUGUAAAUUACGCUGCGCGAAGUGUCAUUUCUCCGGACCCCAAUAUAGAGACCAGUGAAAUAGGCGUCCCUCCCGUCUUCGCUAAGAAAUUAACUUAUCCAGAACCUGUCACAAGCCACAACUUCAGAGAGAUGCAACAAGCGGUUAUCAACGGUGUCGACAAGUGGCCUGGUGCUGCAGCUAUAGAGAAUGAGAAUGGGCAAAUUAUUAACCUCAAGAAUAAAUCCGUCGAAGACCGAGUCGCCUUGGCUAACCAACUUCUCGCGCCGACAAGCCAGGAAUAUGCUGGAGUUAAGGGCAAGAAAGUCCACCGGCAUCUUGGAAACGGCGACGUGGUUUUGAUGAAUCGUCAACCUACACUCCACAAGCCUUCAAUCAUGGGCCACCGCGCCAGAGUUCUCCCCGGAGAAAAGACGAUUCGUAUGCACUACGCGAAUUGUAACACCUACAACGCAGAUUUCGACGGUGAUGAGAUGAAUAUGCAUUUUCCGCAAAACGAACUUGCCCGCGCAGAAGCCUUAAAGAUUGCUGACACCGAUCACCAAUAUCUUUCUGCCACGGCUGGAAAGCCACUACGAGGUCUUAUUCAGGACCAUCUUUCCGUCUCAGUCGCCCUUUGUAACAGGGAUACAUUCUUUGACAAAGGUGCAUACCACCAAUUAAUAUACAGCGCGCUACGGCCUGAAAGUGGCCAUAUCACAUCUGAGAGGCUCGAACUCGUACCCCCAGCUAUCAUAAAACCGGCCUUGCGCUGGACUGGAAAACAGGUCAUUACGACUAUACUGAAGAACAUUAAGCCGGCCGGCUGCGGUGAUCUAUGGCUCUCCGGGAAAUCGCAAGUAAAGGGGACAGCGUGGGGAAAGUUCACCGAAGAUGGAGAUGUGUUAUUUAAUGAUGGCGAAUUCAUUACUGGUAUCCUCGACAAAUCGCAACUAGGUCCGAGUUCCGGCGGCUUCGUACAUUCGAUCCACGAAAUUUGGGGGCCCGAAUCCGCCUCCAAACUUCUCAGCUGUUUAGGCCGAAUGCUUACCCGAUACCUUAACAUGCGCGCAUUCAGCUGUGGUAUGGACGAUUUGCGACUUACACCCGAAGGCGAAAAAACUCGGAAAGAGAAACUAGAGAAUGCCAACCAUAUCGGUCUUGAGGUUGCCGCGAAGUUUGUGAGCUUGGGUGACCGCACAGACGUUAACAGCACAACGCCUAUAUUGCUAGAACGUUUAGAGGAGGUUAUGCGCGAUGACUCUAAACAAGAAGAUCUUGAUCAUAUGAUGAACUCACAAUCAGGCGUUCUCUCUAGCCACAUCACUGUUGCCUGUCUCCCGGCAGGUCUCAAGAAACAAUUCCCCAAAAAUCAAAUGCAGUCGAUGACAACAUCUGGCGCGAAGGGAAGUUCGGUUAACGCAAAUCUCAUUUCUUGCAACCUUGGUCAGCAAGUUCUUGAGGGUAGGAGAGUCCCUCUCAUGAUUAGUGGUAAAUCGUUGCCUUGUUUCCGUCCCUUCGAAACUAGCGUACGAGCUGGAGGCUAUAUCGUAAAUCGUUUCUUGACUGGAAUUCGUCCCCAAGAAUACUAUUUCCAUCAUAUGGCUGGACGAGAAGGUCUUAUUGAUACAGCCGUGAAAACAUCUCGAUCUGGUUACCUUCAGAGAUGUCUUAUCAAGGGUAUGGAAGGCUUGAAAGUGGCUUACGAUUCAUCUGUACGAGAUGCCGAUGGAUCAAUGAUUCAGUUCUUGUAUGGAGAAGAUGGUGUGGACAUCACCAAGCAGAAGUACUUGACUGAUUUCGGCUUCGUGCUACGCAAUCAAACAUCACAGAUCGAUCGACUUGGUAUUGCCGAGAGAGGAUGGGACCAAGAGAUCUAUGAGUCCAAGGACUUUGCUCAGAAGUACCAAAAGAAAGCCGUCAAGCUAGCCAAAGCGAACGAUCCGAAGGCGCUUGAUCCCAUUCAUACCGAGCUCAACCCCAACAGACAUGCAUUCUCUACUUCAGAGAAGUUUUACGAGAAGGUAACCGCAUAUAUUAAGGACAAUAAAGAUGGGUUGAUCAAAGAGAAAGGGGAUAAACGCCAGAAGAAUUCAAGCUCCGCAAUUAUUCCUCGUAAAUAUGCUGAGAAAAUAUUCCAUGCUAAGUAUCUGAGCUCGCUGAUGGAACCUGGCGAGGCCGUGGGAAUUGUGGCCGGCCAGUCUGUCGGUGAACCGUCGACCCAGAUGACGCUGAAUACUUUCCAUUUAGCUGGUCACUCUGCGAAGAACGUCACUCUAGGUAUCCCGCGUCUAAGGGAAAUUCUUAUGACAGCUAGUGAUCACAUCAGCACGCCCUCUAUGACGCUAUUACUAAACGAAGAGUUAUCUGAAGAGGACGGCGCGACUUUUGCGAAGGCGAUUAGUAUUCUCCCGCUCUCGCACGUCCUGAACAAGGUCACGGUUAAGGAACGCGUCGGGAAAAGCGCCAGUUAUGCGUUAGCGAAGAAAUUCGACAUUCACCUUGAAUUCUUCUCCUCCGAUGAAUAUACAAAGACGUACGCAAUUAGUAUUGCUGACGUACUUCGCACUUUGGAGAUCAAAUUUAUGCCCAUGUUGGAAAAGUUGGUCAACAAAGAGAUAAAAGCAAAGAUUGAUCGGGCGGAUGCCGCAGUACCCGAUGUCGGUACUAAAUCCGGAGUAGUGGAAGUGGCGUCUGGCAACCCCGAUGCUGCUGCACGCGAUGAAGAUGACGAUGAUGAUGACGGCGAUGACGACGAUGCGACAAAUGCGAAGCAACGCGCAAACCGGUCACAGGCAGUUUCUUACGGUGCAAAUGACGACGAAGAUGAUGAGAUUCAAAGGCGAAUGGAACGCGAAGCGUCGCCCGAGGAUGAAGACGAACCUGAAGAUGAAGGAUUUGGCGGCAGCCCACCACCACAAAACGACGACGGGGAUAAUGAUUCAGAUUCUGGUAAAAUGGCUGACACACGCGCAGCCCGGGUGUUAGAAAGGACACAAUUCGUAUCCCACUUCAAAUGCGACGAGAAAAAGGGAGAAAAAUGUGAUUUCACACUCGAAUACGAUUCUGACAUACCUAAAAUCCUCAUGUUGAGCAUCGUCCAAGACGCUGUCAAGAAGUCGGUCAUACAGCAAAUUGAUGGAAUUCGCACAUGCGUCUUCGUGCCUAAUGAGCAGAUCAUCAACCCGCGAACCGGCGAUAAAGAAGAGAGAGCAGUGGUUCACACAACUGGUGUCAAUCUCCGAGCCAUGCAGAAGUACGGCGACUUCAUCAACCCCAACCGAAUCCAGACGAACGACAUUGCAGCAGUCAAGGAAGUAUACGGUGUCGAGGCAGCACGCAGCGCCAUCAUCCAGGAACUGGGUGGCAUUUUCGACGGUCACGGAAUUAGCGUCGACAAACGCCAUCUCAACCUGAUCGGCGACUACAUGACGAGAAACGGAGGCUUCACGCCGUUCAACCGCAACGGCCUCAAGGGCAACGUCAGCCCGUUCACCAAGAUGAGCUUCGAGACCACUCUAUCCUUCCUCAAGGACGCCAUCCUCGAUGGAGACUGGGACGACCUAAGCACGCCGAGUAGCCGCAUCGUUAUGGGAAGACUCGGCAAGACCGGCACGGGAGCUUUUGAUGUCCUUACCAAGGCGCAUCCGAAGAACGGGAAGAACAACUUGGGCUAAGUCGCGGUGUAAUAGGAUUCGAAAAGUGGGUGUAUGGGAGUUUUUUCGAGCUCGGGUUGGGGUAUAUUAUGUAUUUAUCGUCGUUUUUGAGAAUAUAGCAGAAAUGUUUUAUACGUUAUAA